GUCCCGGCCUGGAACCUGGGUCAGGGCCUCUGGCUUCCCGCUCCCAUCCUCACACCAGGUCUCCAGAAGCGUCACAGCCCUGGAACCUCGGCCCCCUGCGUUCUCGACGCCUCGUGAUCCUGCCUGGGGUCGGGCCCCAGAGCCCCUGCUCCCUCCCCCAUCUCAACCCUCCCUCGAUUCGGCCGCUCAGCAUCCCUCCUCUGGACCCUGGAUCUUCACCCCUAGAGCGCCUCACAUCGCCAGGGAUUUGCUAGAGGCCCUCAGUGGAUUGGAUGAGGCCCGUGCACACAGGGACGGCCCACCUGCUUUAUUCAGGCCACCUAAUCAAGUGCUCAUCUCUCUGGAAACACCCUCACAGACAAACCCAGAAGGAAUGUUUAAUCAGCUGGCUGGGGCACACCAUGGCCCAGUAGAGAUGGACAUAAAAAAUUAACCACCAUACAGGUUAUGGUUGCGUGUGUGGGUGCCAUUCAAGGUCCUAAGCUGCCAGCUCUUCGGGACGGGGGACUGGAGCACCUGUCGCAGCACUAGAGCCCUUCUGGCCCUGUCAGGCCUUUCUCACCUCCUGAUGUGAGUAGAGCACCCCCUUGGGGUGAGGGGCACACACGGCUGGGCAAGGAAGGAGCUGAGGAAACCGUGGCUCUGGCUGGAGGGUUCCAGGAACCAGGAGGGGAGGCAGGGGCAUGGCCAGCUUGUCCAGGGCGGGGCCUGACAGGGAGUGCCCUGACGGGGAGGGCAAAGGGCCAUGUCCUCCGCCUGCCCCACCCCGCUGACAGAAGUCCCAGUCACCAGGCCACUCUCAGUCUGGGGCCCUCGAGGGGUAAGUGUCCUUCUGAACCCACCUUGUCUCUUUCCUGGGGGUCGGGUGAGAACUUUCCUCCUUGGGGUCCAAACACCCUGCCCCCUCUGCUUACCCUUAGGCAGGAAAGGGCCACACCAACUAUGCCCUCAGCAUGGAGGGGUCCCCUGCCCACAAUACCAGAGCACUGGGGCAGGUACUGAACAGCUCAGACCCUUCCCCUCCUGCCAUGAGCAUCAGGGCCAAGGCCAGGGCAGAAAGGGCCAGUGGGACACCUCAUCCAGGCAAGCCCCAAGUCGCUGCUCCCUCCUCUGUCCCCCUACAACAGAGCCCAGAAUCCCAAGUGGCUGGAGCACUGGGGGACACCCAGACAGAGCCCUCGCUGGACCAGGUCCUGCGGGAGCGGGAUGAAGCCAUUGCCAAGAAGCGGGCAGUGGAGGCUGAGCUGGACACGUGCAAAGCCAAGCUGCGAGCCGUGGAGGCCCAGCUGUUGGAAGUUCUGGAGGAGAAGCUGAGACUGAGGCAGGAGGUGGAGGCCUGGGAGGAGGACAUGCAGCAGCUGGUGAGGCAGCGGGUGGAGAGUCAGCUGCAGAGAGAGUCCAGGGGCGGCCUGGGAGCCCCAGUGAACUCUGGAACUGCCAGGACCCCCUGGGUCCGACUCCCCUUGGGUCGAUGGGGACACUGGCGGUGAGAGAACUCGGCCCAAGACCUUGGGAAGA